AUGCCGGGCACGACCGUGCCUACGGAGGACGAGCUCAAGGAAGCGCUCUCGACCCUGCGCGCUGAAAACCCGACGCUGGGCAUACCGAAACUGCACGCUCUGCUGAGCUCGACGCACCCGGACUGGAGCGUCUCCGAAAAACGCACGCGCAAGGUCGUGCAAAGCGCCGGGUUGACCGUCGCGCCGCCUGGCGGAUCGAGCGCGUCGAGGACGGCAUACCCGAAGUCGAGCGUGAUCAAGGACCUCGAUAUCGCGAAAUGGACGACGAAGGUCGAGGUGAGGAACUUUGGAAAGGAGAAGGGGAAGGGUUUAGUCGCGAAGGAGGAGAUUGGGGAGGGAGAUGUGAUAUGGAAGGAGGAUCCGUGGGUCAUUGGUCCUGAAUGGGAAAUCUACGACCUGCAGAGGAACGGACGUGCAUGCGCGUUUUGCACCACGCCUCUCAACAUCGACUCGCGACUGAUCGUCAAUUGCCCGGACUCGACCUCGGCCUCGUUCUGCCCGGGUCGGUUCUGCUCCAGACUUUGUCUCCAGCGUUCCGCCGUCGUCCAUCCCUUGCUAUGUCCGAGCAAGAACCCCGCAAGCGCGCCACUGCUGGCGUUUGCGCGGAGCUACCAGUGGAUGGCGCUGCAAGCCCUGGCGCACUGCACGGCGAAAAUACUGCUCGCAAACCAACAGGACGAGAAGGUGCUGGAGAACGAUUGGAAGCUGUUCAGUUCGUUCGCCGAACUGGGUAUGGAAGACAGGAUGAGAGAUUUGCGGGAGACGUCUGCAGGAGAAGAGUUCGACAAGGCCGCGUGGAAAAAGGCACACCAACUCAUCGUGCACGCCUUCAAGGAACCGCCCUUGGAGGCGAACAAAAAGAAGCUGGCCAAGAUCCUCAAGAAGCCUUUGCCGGACGACAUAGACACAAAGUUGUUUGAUUACGACGCGACGCUUCAUAACCUGGGGCGAAUGAGUCUGAAUCUGGAGUCCCAUGGAGGGCUCUACACUUUGCAUUCUCAUCUCAAUCACUCGUGCGCCCCGAACGUAUCUGUGCGGCAUCUCGAUCAGCGCAGUGCGCUUGCGAGAAUCACCGUGAUCGCAAGGCAAACCAUAUUGCCAGGGCAAGAGCUAACAAUCUCCUACGUGAACCCAGAACUCCCCCUUCCCGCGCGUAGGCGGCGACUCGGCGACUGGGGCUUCGGAAAAUGCACCUGCGAAAGGUGCCUGAAGGAGGAGAAGGAACUGCAGGAGAAGGAGGGCGAGAUGACAGAGAAGGAAAGGGAAGAGAAGCGGCAGGAAGACGAGCUGGCCAAGGAGUUGAAGGAGGGGCUGGGCGUCGUGUAG